AAUUCAUACGAAAUACAUCGCGAACGAUUCCGAUAGUUGCACAUGUAAACUAGAUUUUCAGUUGAUUUAAGAAAAUUUGUUUUCUCCCAAGCUCACACAUAUUACACGUUUUGUUAGAAAAAGUAAGAAAUCGUUAUGGAGAAUUUAGAGGACACUUCCACUGGUGGACGUGUGACAAGAUCUUUAAGAAAGCGUUUAACAUCUGUGGACAGCGAUGCAAGCAGUAGGCCGUCUACACCACAACUAACUAAGCUUACUUCCAUACCGGAGACAAAUUCUCCUUCUCGUGCUUUACGUGGACGACGCAACUCCACUACUUUAACUGCUACGCCCUCAAAAACGCCAGCAAAGUCUAAAACUACGACAAUCAAUGAGUCGAAUGAAGCUGAGUAUGUUCCGGCUAAACGAACUACGCGCAAAAGCAGCGUUUCUGCAGCAGAUUUACAUACGCCAACCUUGGAUAAACUUUCACCAAAAGAAAAUGAAACAAAUGAAAUAAAUACCAGAGGGACGCCUGCAAGACGUACAAGACGAUUGACAUCACAAAUAGAAGUAGAGAAAACUCCACGCUCAGGAGCUGCAAGGAAAAAGCCAGGACCGAAAUCACGACGCUCCAAGCAAGAUAGUGAUAGUGAUUCUGAUAUUGAAGUGAUUAAUCUGGAAGAUGAACCAACUGAUAGCAAGGAAAAGGUUAAUAGUAACACUCCAAUAGUAAAGGAUCAAUCAACGAAAACUCCAGUAAGAAUGUCCCCAAGAUUAAAGGCAAAGAGUAUUUCUCCAAAAGAAAACACAGAUAUUGAAACAAUUGAUUUAUCAGAAGUCAUAACGACCUCUAAUGAUACUGAGGAGUGUGAUAGCAAUUCAACUGUUACCAAGCGAAAAGAAACGAAUGAGAAUUUGGAAAACCCAGACACAAAAAUGGAAUCAUUUGGCACAAAUGAAGAGAAACAAGUAGAGCUGGAAAGUUUGGAGUCAUCCUUAACUGAACAUGCGCUUGUAAAAGAAACUGUCCCUGAAGAUUUGUCUAAUAAGUCGGAUAGUUUUGAUCAUAAUGAUGCAAAAGUUGAUGACACUGCCAAAAGUCCUCACGAAACUUUAGCUUCGUUAAAUUCAUCGGAAGCCUUCGUUGAAAGUGUUCAUAACGACGUAAAAGUUAAUACCACUGCCAAAAGUCCUCACACGUCUUUAUCACCUUUAAAUACUUCAAAUCCCGUUGUAGAAAGUGUUGUUAUGUUGCAGAGGCUUUCGCCCAAAGUUAUCGACAAAAUUUCUAGUAAAACGUCUGCCAAUAGUUCACCGCCAAAUUCGAAAUCUGUAACAUUCACCGAUAUGGAAGUUGACGAUGAGGUGAAGAGUUCUUACCCUAAAACUCCAGCUUCGAUUAAACGUAAAAGCUAUAUAGACAUGGAUUCCACAAACGAUCAGUCAAAAGAUCAGUCUUUCCAAAGUGAUAAAGAGUCUAAUGGUAGUUUUAAAGAUGCAAGCGCCAAAAUGGAAACAUCAAAAGAUCAUAGCGCAAAUGCUUCAAAAGAUUCUGUUGAGUUUCAUGAUGCCGCCAAUGACGUUGAAGAAAUAAAUAAUAGUAAAGAGGCAAACGAAAUAGUAAGGGAGUAUACUCCUCAAAAAAGGAAGCUUUCUACAAAACUGCAAAGUUCCACUCCAAUGUUAGAUUCGGUAUCAAAUUCAAAAACUGAUACUGAAAAUUUAGUAACUAAUUCACCAAUAAUAACAAAUACUUCAGAAGAAAAAGACACCAAUGCAGAAAAGGUUUCACCUGUAAAACAAGAUGAAACCACUAAAUCACAACAUGACCAGAAAGAUUUAACAACGAACGAUAAAAAUGUGUCGUUAACGGUAGAACCCGCAAACUUAAGUAAUGGCAGUGAAAAGAAGGACGAUUUGUUUUCAAAAUCAUGGACACAUAAUGUAAGUGGUUGCGCAACAUCGGAUGGGAAAAUUGACACCCUUGUUGUAACUGCGAAUGAUAAAGAGACAAUGCCUCAACUUUUAAAAGUUGAAGAUGAGCCCAAUACAUCACCAAAUGUUGAUACCAGAAAGGAAAUACCCAACGAAAAUGAUGAACAGAAAGAGGAGGAGGAGGAAGAAGAUGCAGAAAGUUUUCAAAAAUUGGAAUUUGUUGAUGAUGAGGCAAUGGAGGUAGACGACGAUUACCAAAGUGGAGAUUCAAUGGAUGGAGAAGAACGAAAAGAAAUGUUGGAAAACGAGAUUGUAGAUGAAGGCGAGUCGAUUGGCAGUGAAGACACCGAUGAAAGUAAUGAGGAAGAUGAUGAAGAUAAUGCUUCAUUUAUAACAUCUGAUUCAGAAGAAUCCCUACUUGAAUAUUCAGAUAUUGAUGAGGGUAAUGAUGAGCAUUUAGAAGAUAACGCCAAAAACUCUAAUAAAAAGAAAUCAUGUAAUCGUAUUUUGAUAACCAGUGAGAGCGAAGAUGAUAGCAAUCCAAACAUUUCAAGGACUAAUUCUGAGAAGAGCAAGAAAAUUAAUAGAUCAAAACAAAGAAAUCGAAUUUUAUCCUCCAGUGAAAGUGAAACCGAGCAACAGGUAAAAAUACAAACGGAACAGAUGAAUGGCAAGCGUAAAAGUUCCGACAAUUCAGAAAAGCCACUAACUUUCGAAGUUAGCAGAAUGAUUGAUGAUACAACGGAUGAUGAUGAUGAUUCUAAGGAUGCUUCUAAACCACAACAUGCAAUGGAAGCAACCGUUAAUACUGAAUCAAAAGUUUCUAACGACCAAGAAUCGAAACCCCAAAGGGAAGAAAAUACUCAGGAAAAUGAAAGCAAUAAUAUUGUUAAUGAUUGUAAUAAUAAGGAAAGUAGCCCACUUGAACAGGAAACCAGGAAUCCCAACAGCGAAACCCCAAAUGCUAAUGGUAUUUCCGAAACGGUUGAGAGUACAAUUUCCUCACCACCAAAACAAUUGCUGACAAAUGGUCAAAAAAGACGACGUAGUAAAAGUUUGUCAAAAUCGAUAUGUGAAAAAAUGUCAGAUGACAACAAUGAUUAUGAAGAGUCCCACAAAGAAUCAACUCAAUGUGACAAAGAGGAUAAUAAUAAAUCCAUAGAAUGCUCGAUUCGAAAAUCUAUCAAUUCCGGUCAUGAAUCUAAUAAAAUAACCGAAACAAUAGAAGAUGCUGCCAUAAUUAGCACCGAGAUUAAAAAUGUUUCAAGUAACGAUUCUGAUUCAAGUGAGAACAAAAAUGAGCGAUUGAUAGUAGAUGAAGGCAACAAAUCAGAUGAUCUUGAUGAUCUGCAAUCGCAAAAUGAAUCAAACAAUAAUGAGGAUAUUGAUGGUGAAGAUAUUGAAAUACCUGAGACGCAAGAGGUUGGUCAGGCUUUAGAAGAGGAAUCUACAGAUGAAUCGCUCGCUGAAGAAACCGUUGAAGAACUGACCAUUGGAAAAUCUGUACCAAAGUUGAAAAAUUCAGGUCUAAGCUUAUCUUUUUGCCAAGCAAAACAAAAGCGUAUAACGGUCAAAGAUCGUAUACGCCAUAGCUCCUUCUCAAUUGGUGUUUGUGUUACAAAAACGGAAGAUAUUAAUCAAAUGGAGGAAUCCGAUUCUUCCGAGGCAGAGGAAAAAGAAAAAAGUCUUAAUAGUGAUGGUAGUGGUCAAAGUCGCAUUGAUAAACAAGAUGAGGAGGAACUUGAAAAGUUGGCACAUUCCUGUGUACAAUUUCCCACUCAGCACGGAAAACGAAAAUCAAUGUUGUCGACUUUUGCACACGAUAAUCAAGAGUUCAAAAAGAAAUCAAAACGUAACAGUUUACAAUCAAUAUCGAAUGAAGAUUUUAAUCCAUCUAAAUCAUUACUUGAAAAUAUCGAAGAGCAAAAGCGUGAAUUAGAGAGUCAAAAAUGCGCCAAGAAAUCACGCUUAUCUAAAUCUUUUUGCGAUCCUAUUCAGGAUGAAAUGGACACGCUUGCUGAUAGUGGUGUUUCAGACGAUGCCAGUAAUAAGAGCGAAACAUGCAACCGGAAAAGUACUGAGCUGGGAGCGCACUCAACUAAAUCAAAAUCACGCUUAUCUAAAUCUUUUUGUGAUCAUAUUCAGGACGAAAUGGAUACGCUGGCUGACACUGGCGAUUCAGACGUUGCAAAUAAUACAUAUAGUGAGAAAAGCAAUCGUAAAAGUUCACAGAACACAUCAAAAACCCGGUUAUCUAAAUCUUUUUGCGGACCCAUUCAAGAACAGGCUAAAACCAUAGUGGAUAGCAGCUGCUCAGAAGAUUCUUCUGAUGAAAUGACAAAUAAGGAGGAUAAAAAUGGGUCUACGCCACGAGAAGUUAUAACAACCAAGAAUAAAAAGAAAGAUUUUAGACGUAUUUUGGACCGAUGUGAUGAAAUAUUAGAUGCCGCAAAUCGUGCUAAGUUGGAAACCAAGCAAAACUAUAAAAAGAGUCGACUAAUAAUUCCAAAAUCUAAAAAAGAGUCAAAACAUUCAGUGCGCUCGGAUGAAGAAUCAGCAAACGAUGCACUCAUGCUUAAAAAAGAUAUGAAGCCGUCCAAAGAAAAAACAGCUUUGGCAUUGGAACAAGCUUUCAAGGCUUCGGCAAAAAUUUUAUUAAAAGAAGCCAGCAAGGCUAAGAAGGAGAAACUGUCAUUACCGAUAAAUGAAGAGAAGUAUGACGAUAAACGUCUUCCAAUGCAAAUAUUGGAAUCGAUUUCGGAUUCGCAGUCACACACUGAAACGAAAAAAAGUAAGAGAGAACGUGCACGUGAACCUCUUGUUCAACGCUUAAAUUGUAUAACAGGUGAAAUCGUAGAGGAAGUGCUUAGUCCUCCGAAAAAGAAGAGGGCCAUACUAAACAGAAUUGAACUACCUACUGGCACAGUAUUGGAAGAACCGGUCACACCGAAGAAAAAAAUAAAUAACAGCGGUUUCCGCGAAAGCCCCAUUACUCCGCGCACACUUGGUUUUAAAGUGCGUCAUAUCCUAACUGCUGGUCAGGACAAAGUGCCGCAAUUGCCAACCUCUCACAGUAUCGGACGUAAACGUAAACAAAAAAUUGUUGAUCCCAAACUCGUAUUGCCUAAACCACAGUGGUCGCAGUCGGGUGUAUUUUUGGAAGAAGUUUUGCCCACCCCCAAAAUACAGAGUAUGGAUACUAUGCAAACCUGUGGACCAGGUGUCAAUGCAUCAACUUUAAAUGCCCUAAAUUUUAAAACUUCAACCCUGUUUCGAAAUAAUGUACCGAGAGAGGCCUCACAUGAAUUGCUUAAACGUAAAGAACGUCAGUAUGUUCGUAGUCGUUUUUAAUUUGCAAGCGAUAUUCAGACAUUCAUAUAUUUUCAUUCGUUUCUUGUUGAAUUUAUACCUUAUUCAUAAUUAUUUUUAUUGU